GAGACGCUCUCAGCUCCGGUCCGCGCGCCCGCUCCUGCUUUCAGCGGUACUUUGAACCAGGUGUUAUGUCGCGAGCCCGAUGCUGCCAGCCGCCUCGCGCUCUCUUCACUUUUCUCAGCCCUCGCGCGCACGCAGGAGCAACGUUUUGGUGAAUUUACCGAGAAUGAGCCAGGCGUAACUCCGCGUAUUGUUGUUAUCUGCCCCCCUCCUCCUCUCUCUCCCCUGUUUUUUUUUUUUUUUUUUUUUUACUCCCUCCUGUCCCGCGCUCUCUAAGUUAAGUCACUUUACAUAAGUAUGGUAGAUAAAGGCCCCUUGUUGACCUCUGCUAUUAUUUUUUACCUGUCCAUUGGGGCAGCAAUUUUUCAAGUCCUGGAGGAGCCCAAUUGGAAGCUUGCUGCAAAUCAGUACCGAGCUCGGAAGGAUAAAAUACUUGCGGACUAUCCCUGUCUGUCGAAACAUGAUUUGGAAAGAAUAUUAGAGGUGGUGUCGGAUGCUGCAGGCCAGGGAGUCACUAUAACUGGCAACAAGACAUUUAACAACUGGAACUGGCCCAAUGCUGUUAUCUUUGCUGCUACAGUUAUCACUACUAUUGGCUAUGGGAACAUUGCCCCCAAAACAUCACCUGGCCGUGUAUUCUGCAUUUUCUAUGGGCUGUUUGGGGUGCCUUUAUGUCUUACCUGGAUCAGCGAGCUGGGCAAGUUCUUUGGUGGCAGAGCCAAGCACCUGGGCCAGUAUUUAACCAAAAAAGGAUUUUCACUGCGAAAAGCUCAGUUCACCUGCACAGCGAUAUUUCUCCUCUGGGGUGUGCUGGUCCAUUUAGUCCUUCCACCCUUUGUGUUCAUGUCCCAGGAGGGUUGGUCGUACAUAGAAGGCUUAUACUUCUCCUUUGUCACGUUGACUACGAUUGGUUUUGGGGACUUGGUGGCAGGUGUGGAGCCAAAUAAAGAGUAUCCAACUCUGUAUCGUUACUUUGUGGAAGUGUGGAUUUACUUGGGGCUGGCUUGGCUUUCUUUGUUCUUCAACUGGAAAGUGCGAAUGGUGAUUGAAGCCCACAAAGCACUGAAGAAACGCCGAAAGCUACGGAAGCUCUCCCUGGACGAGCUCCGCCACUACAAAGAGUCUAACAAAGCUUCCCUUCGUUUGCCACCCACUCCCAAUGACGUCAACAUUUUCAGCUUCUUGUCCAAGAAGCAGGAAGGCUACAAUGACUUAAUAAAGCAGAUCGGCUCAAAGAAACUUAAUAGAGCCAAUGGAAGUGUUGGAAAAGCUGCCAAUAAAUCCAAAGACAUCAAUCGGUCAAAGAGUUGCAGUGACACUACUGUGUUUAACGGCCACACCAUCCUCAGCUUGGACCGCUCACCACGCCAAAAGAGACGCUAUAGUUUCAGUGAUCGCGUCACUGUUGCCUUUUCAAAGUCCAAGAACUACCUCCUGGGCACAGACAACGGUUUACUGCUAACGGAUGACCAAGUCGAGGGCGACCUGGACCUUGGCCAGGAACCAAUGUUUGAGAACCAACUUGAUAAAGACAUCGACCUUGAGAGCCAAGGAGUCGGGGACUGCGGAACAGGUGGCCGGAGGCCGUGGGACUCAAAGGAGUACCAUUCUCUGACAUUCCCAAACGCCAACAUUACUUUCAUCGAUGAGGAAAACUUUCUGGGCAAUAACUUGGAAGAUCUCGAUGAAGGCGAUGAUGAUGAUGACGACGACGACGACGAUUCCAAGGCGAAGUUGUCGAUCACCACGUGUGAUGAAAAUAUUGAAACAAACUCCAAGGAGGAGCAGGGUUCAGAAUCCGAAGGGUCCGUUUUCACUAGUGACGAUUCAGAACACAGCCACUCCUAUGAGAAACUUGUGGAGGAGUAUGCCAAGGAAGACAACACAGAAUCCUGAGCGUUGUGUUGUUUAAUGUGAAGUCGGCGCAUCAACCAGAUCCUCAGCUGCUGACUUUCCUGGCAUGGAAGUAUACCUAAUGUGAACCAUGUGGAAGGAUAUCAUGAUUAUCCCAUUGCACUUUGAGGGUCUGACAAAUAAGACUGCAAAGCCUAGAUCAAAUUUCAAAAUUUAUUUUCUGUUCAAAAUCUCCAGUGCUUUGACUGACUUAAGGAGUCGAGUUUCCUGUGAACUCUCACCGACCGUACUGCAAAAGCAAUAUAUGAGUAUUUAACAUCUGCUCUAUUUAUGUAUUUUUUAUACAGUUUGAAAACAUAUUGUAAAAUGGAGGAAAAGAUCGAUUCACUGUAAGUGAUUUUUGUUUCUGUUUAUAAGAAUUUCUAUAUGGAAUCUUGUUGGAUUUCAUUGAGUUUUAUCUCUUCUUUUUUUUCACCAUAUUGGUGAUUUUAUAUUUAUUUAAAUGAAGGACAUCGUAGCUGUAAUCCAAGCUACAUGGGCUUAUGUGUUUCCCAAUGCACACAAUGCCAUCAAUUGAGGACCAAACCGGAGUUUGUUCCCGUGCGGAUUGUCCUUUUAAAACCUGAGCCAAUCUCUUACCUUAAAGAAAUGAACAGGGUUAAGGGCCAAUGACUUUUUUUCUUUUGGUAUUUCAGUUGUUUCAUCCUGUGAAGUCCUUGAAAACUCCUGUGCGAGAUUGGCUUUGUUUUGACUCUUACCAGAACUGUGACUGCAGGAGAGAUUAGUGAUGCAUAUCCAACGUCCUCGAACCAACAGACGGUAAACAUAAGUAAGGGCUCGAUGCAGCCAGACUUUCACGUUAAUCUGUACACGACUGUGCCUUUCAGCGGUCUCUGUCAGUACUGUGACAUGCCGACAGCUCUCAGACUACAUCAAGCAUUUCAAACACAUUUUGUCUCGGUUGAUUUGACUCUGCCCGGCACACCAGUUGUCGAACGCGUCGGUGCAUUUUGGUGCUUUACUAAGAAAGCCACCGUUCACAGCAGCGCCAGUCUUACCUUCUGUGUCUUUAGCACCCUCUCACUUGAUAGUAUUUGCUGUGUAAAUAUUGGCUGGACGCCCAUCAGUAGCCACACACUGCCCUGCUGAGGACACGGCCUUGCUACCCAUGUUUGCCUUAGAGUUAGGGGUGGGUGGGCUUACGCCAGCGUGACUGACUGUACCACUUACGACAAGCAUUGAAGGUGAAAUUGUUGCCAAUCGAUACUCUGACGUACGUCGUAGUCACGACUCGGAGUCAGCAGUAUUGGUUUCUGGGUUGCUGUGUUUUGUUUCACACCAACGCACGACUACAGCCUCCCAAGGUGCAAUGCUUUUCAGUUUUUGAGAGGGUCCUGGAGUAUGCUGCAAACCCCUCUGCCUUUUGCACACUUGCACACAAAAACUUGAAACAGUGUUACUUUGAAUGGAAAUCAUAAAACUUGCCGUCUCAUUCUUGCUAAAUGCCGUGAAGUACAAUAGUUGCAAGGCUUUUUUUUUUUUCUUAUGUGACAAAAACCAAACGCACAUUCUGCUCCAUUGUUCUGCCUUACAAAUGACUGCUGCCACGUGAACGGCCUAAAAUCCACUGCAACUCAAAGGACUUGUAGUGCAAUGUAACAUCCAAUUGAAUGUACUUUGCUGUGACUCACUGUAAAGGUGUAAUCAUUGACCAUCGUUUUCCUCCUCCGCGGUGUUUGUCACUGCUGUUUAUGUGAACAGCUGUCCCAUUUUCACAGGUUUUUCCUGGAUGUCAAUGCAACGUUGUUAUGCACUUGUGUCAGACAGAAUUUCAAGCAUGUCUCGGGAUUUUUAACCACGGAAACCGGUUGGACAGGUUCGGACCAUUGUUUUCCUCUUAUAUUGUUGCUCCAUUGUGUAAAAACUCCAGUUUAGUUGAUUGUAUAGUUUUAGUUUUUUUUAUGAAUAAAUUAUUGUUUGUAAAAAAUUUUGUAUCGAAAUUUCAAACAAAACUGUAUAUUUCAUGUAAAAUAAAC